CUGAGGCCCGGGGAGGGCCGGGCCGUAGCUCUACCGUAGGAGUUCAGGAGCUUCCAGUGGGAGCCCGCCCCGCCGGGCGUGGGCCCAGCACUGUGGCCAUGCCCACCUCUGUGCUGUGGGCAGUGGACCUCUUUGGGAGAGUGUAUACCCUGUCCACGGCCGGCCAGUACUGGGAGCUUUGCAAAGAUGUCCAGAUGGAGUUCAAGCGGGUCAGUGCAGCCACCCAGUGCUGCUGGGGCAUCGCCUGCGACAACCAGGUCUACCUGUACGUGUGCUCCAGCGAGGUGCCCAUCCGCCACCGCGAGGAGGCCUACGAGAACCAGCGUUGGAACCCCAUGGGAGGCUUCUGUGAGAAGCUUCUGCCGAGUGACCGUUGGUCGUGGAGUGACGUGAGUGGGCUCCAGCACCGGCCACUGGACGGGGUAGCCCUGCCCUCGCCACACUGGGAGUGGGAAUCAGACUGGUACGUGGAUGAGAAUUUUGGAGGGGAGCCCACCGAGAAAGGGGGGUGGACUUAUGCUAUGGACUUCCCCGCCACCUACACUAGAGACAAGAAGUGGAAUUCAUGUGUGCGAAGGCGGAAGUGGAUCCGGUAUAGGAGAUACAAAUCCCGGGACACCUGGGCCAAGAUCCCCUCAAAGGAUGACCCCAAGGAACUUCCUGACCCCUUCAAUGACCUGUCUGUGGGUGGGUGGGAGGUCACGGAUGAACCUGUGGGCCGCCUGUCAGUGUGGGCCGUAUCCCUGCAGGGAAAGGUGUGGUAUCGAGAGGAUGUCAGCCACCCCAACCCAGAAGGCUCCUCCUGGUCUCUUGUGGAGACCCCGGGGGAGGUGGUCCAGAUCAGCUGUGGGCCCCACGACCUUGUGUGGGCCACCCUCUGGGAGGGGCAGGCUCUGGUCAGAGAAGGGAUCUGCAGGAACAGCCCAAAAGGAAGUUCCUGGUCCAUCGUGGAGCCUCCUGCUUCUGAAAAUGGUAUCAUGCACGUCUCUGCGGGAGUUAGUGUGGUCUGGGCCAUCACGAAGGACCGCAAGGUGUGGUUCCGGAGGGGCGUCAACUCUCACAACCCCUGCGGCACCAGCUGGAUCGAGAUGGUUGGAGAAAUGACAAUGGUGAACGUGGGGCUGAAUGACCAGGUCUGGGGUAUCGGCUGUGAGGACCGAGCUGUGUACUUCCGGCAAGGUGUCACUCCCAGUGAGCUCAGCGGGAAGACAUGGAAGGCCAUCAUCGUGGGCCGAGAAAGUGACCGGUCACACUCCGGCAGCUCAUCCAGUCUCCUCAGUGCUGGCUGCUUCUUUGGUGAUGAGGUGAGGGGCAGCGGCACGGAAUCUGUGCCCAGUGACACUGAUGCCGCCUCAGAAGCCGAGAGACAGGGCCCCGAACAGCCUCUCCCCAAAGAAUCUUUGGACAAUUCCAGGAACCUCAAAGGGAGUCUGUCCAAGGGCCCUGAGAACAGCGGGAAUGCUGAGCAAAGCAUGGAGACCCACUCCUGCCCGGCUGAGGACAAAGGGAAGGCUCCUGAGGCCCCUGGCUCUGACGAAGGCCACGGCCCAACCUCCACACCAGCUGAGCUACCCUGGACCAACACUGACCUAAAGGAGCCCAAGAGGGCAUCUAACCAGCCAGCUGCCAGCUUUCCUGAGGCCACGGGCCUCUCCUCCCUGGGGCUCUUCCCACUGGGCGUGGAGGAACCCUAUGGGGCCGAUGACCAUCCUCUGUGGGCCUGGGUGUCUGGAGGUGGCUGUGCGGUGGAGGCAGGCUCUAUGCUCAAGUGGUUCACUGUCCAGUCAGGCCUGUCCUCCUCAGUGCAGACGCUGUCGCUGUCCAUCACACCCGCCCAGACUGCUGCCUGGAGGAAACAGAUCUUCCAGCAGCUCACGGAAAGAACCAAGCGGGAGCUGGAGAGCUUUAGGCACUACGAACAGGCCGUGGAGCAGUCGGUGUGGGUGAAGACAGGGGCCCUGCAGUGGUGGUGCGACUGGAAACCCCACAAGUGGGUGGACGUCCGUGUGGCCCUGGAGCAGUUCACGGGGCACGACGGGGCUCGCGACAGCAUCCUCUUCAUCUACUACGUGGUCCACGAGGAAAAGAAGUACCUACACAUGUUCCUGAAUGAGGUGACCGUGCUGGUCCCCGUACUCAAUGAAGCCAAGCACGCCUUUGCCCUCUACACCCCCGAGAGGACGCGACAGAGGUGGCCCGUGCGCCUGGCUGCCACCACGGAGCAGGACAUGAACGACUGGCUCGCCCUGCUCAGCCUGUCCUGCUGUGAGAGCCGGAAGGUCCAUGGACGCCCGUGCCCCCAGGCCAUCUGGUCUGUCACCUGCAAGGGUGACAUCUUUGUGAGUGAGCCCAGCCCAGACCUGGAAGCCCGUGAGCACCCGCUGCCCUGCGACCAGAUGUUCUGGCGACAGAUGGGAGGCCACUUGAGGAUCAUAGAGGCCAACAGCCGAGGUGUGGUGUGGGGAAUUGGCUAUGACCACACAGCAUGGGUGUAUACAGGCGGCUAUGGCGGAGGUUGCUUCCAAGGCCUAGCCAGCAGUACCAGCAACAUCUACACACAGUCAGACGUGAAGAGUGUCUACAUCUAUGAGAACCAGCGCUGGAACCCUGUCACAGGCUAUACCAGCAGGGGUCUGCCCACUGACCGGUACAUGUGGAGUGAUGCCACGGGCCUGCAAGAAUGCACCAAGGCCAGCACGAAGCCCCCAUCCCUGCAAUGGACUUGGGUCUCUGACUGGUAUGUGGACUUCAGUGUCCCCGGAGGCACCGAUCAAGAAGGAUGGCAGUACGCCAGUGACUUCCCUGCCUCCUACCAUGGCUACAAAACCAUGAAGGAUUUUGUCAGGAGAAGGUGCUGGGCCAGAAAAUGCAAGCUGGUGACCAGCGGGCCAUGGCUGGAGGUGGCUCCCAUUGCCCUCAGCGAUGUGUCCAUCAUCCCAGAGAGUGCGGGUGCUGACGGGCAAGGACACAGCAUUGCACUGUGGGCUGUCAGUGACAAGGGGGACGUCCUGUGCCGCCUGGGUAUCUCUGAACUCAACCCUGCGGGCUCCUCCUGGCUGCACGUUGGCACAGACCAGCCCUUCACCUCCGUCUCCAUCGGCGCCUGCUAUCAGGUGUGGGCUGUGGCCAGGGAUGGCUCUGCAUUCUACCGGGGCUCUGUGUCGCCCUCCCAGCCAGCUGGCGACUGCUGGUACCACAUCCCAUCGCCUCCCAAACAGAAGCUGACACAGGUGUCUGUGGGCCAGACGUCAGUAUAUGCCUUGGAUGAAAACGGGAACCUGUGGUACCGAGCUGGGAUCACCCCCAGCUACCCGCAGGGCUCCAGCUGGGAACACGUGUCCAACAACGUGCGCAAAGUGUCUGUGGGGCCGCUGGACCAGGUCUGGGUGAUUGCCAACAAAGUCCAGGGGAGCCAUGGCCUAAGCCGGGGGACAGUGUGUCGUCGAGUGGGUGUCCAACCUCGGGAGCCCAAGGGACAGGGCUGGGACUAUGGCAUUGGAGGAGGCUGGGACCAUAUCUCUGUCCGGGCCAAUGCCACCACACUACCUAGGAAUGUGUCCAGGGAGCAGGAGGCCCAUGGUCCAGGUCCUGUUUGCUGCUGAGGCCUCUCCUCACCUGGAGGCAAGGGUGGUUCGAGCCUGAAGGAGCAGAACUGAGGCCUUUGUUGUGCGGCAUGGGCAUCACCCAGGCCCCCGAACAUGGGGAGUCAGGCCAAAGUCAGCCACUUCUGAAACACUGGCAAAGUGCCCAAAGAUGUGAAACUGGGGGGGGGGGGGAACACGUGUCCCCAGACUGUGAGGGAUGCUGUAGGGAAGAGCGGAAGCGACGACUGCUGCCUGGGGCCCUCAGCCCCCGUCCCUCCCUGCUAACCCUCCCACCUUUCCAGCCCAGGAACUCGGAGCCCUCCAGAAUUCUCCGUCUAGAGGGGCAGACCAGGGAAGCCCCUUCCUCACCCGCAGCCUGCAAAGCACCUCCAGGAGAAAUAGUUGUGGGGCUCAGGUGGAUAGGCCUCGGUGUGUGGUCAUUCCCUGGCAGGUUUCCAAAUGGGGUUUUCCUUCAAAAGUUAAGCAAAGGAGCUGGGUUUGGUGGCUGAUGCCUGUAGGCCCAGCACUCAGGAGACUGAGGCAGGAGGAUUGUCCAGCACUCAGGAGACUGAGACAGGCAAGACUAUCUCAAAAAAAAAAAAAAAAUCUAGAUAAAUAAAGCAGGCAUGUUGGUGCAUGUCUGUAUUCCCAGUACUCAGAAGGUGAAGGCAAGAUCCGGAGUUUAAGGGCAUCCUCAGGCUCCAUAGUAAGUUUGAGGUCAGCCUGGGCUACGUAGACCCUGCCUCAAAAGUGAGAUGGGAGCCAGGUGUAGUGGCACAUGCCUUUAAUCACAGCACUUCGGAGGCAGAGGCAGGGGGAUCUCUCUGAGUUUGAGGCCUGCUUGGUCUACAAAGUGAGUUCUGGGACAGCCAGGGCUACUCUGUCUUGGGGGAAAAUGAGACGGGGCUGUCCUGGUGUUUUGGGGCCACCCCCCGGGUGCACUUGAAAAUCGCCACGAACCCCAGUUUAGCCCCUCUUUGGGAUGGAGGCAGAACCUCCCUGCACAGGACCGUGUUGCAGUGUGGCCAGGUCUGGGGAGGAGGCAGCUUGCACCCUAGAGUUGAAUGAAGAAAUCUGUUCCCUGUGGAGAGGGUAUGGCCAGAGCCCCAGGCUGUCUUGUGCCCCAGGGAUGGGCAGAAGGCACCUACUGUCCCAAGAGAGCGCUAGCCUGCCUGGCACGGCCUAAGCACUGGCCCCUGGCAAAAGUGUACCCAGUGGGUGAUGUCUCAGGAGUGCCAGAGCCAAGCCCCACCUGCUCACUUUGAGAGACUCGGCCCCUAACAGGCAUUUGCCCUGGAAUCCUGCCUGUGUGACGCUGUGGUCAGGAAGGCUGAUCUGUGUGAGGGGUGUCCCAGGGGCAUCUGAGGAGCCCGUGUCCUUAGCAUUUCCAGAGGUAGGACCAGACACAGCCACGUGCAGGGAGGUGUCCGGAGGUCACCUUCCUGUGGGCACCCCCGCUUGUGCCCCAGCAACUGUGACCCGCGCACUCUGCAGAUGGUUUUGGCGGAGCACCGCCAGGGUGGCAACGCUGCUUUUUAACCAGGGUGACACCUCUCGCUGCUGAGCACCAACCGUUCACCCCCUCAGUGGCACUGAACUGUCUAGGUUCCUUAAAUGUUCUAUUUAAUAAAAAUUUAUACCAACA